AUGGGUGGUAACGUGCAAGUGCAAGGGAUCUUGGGUCAGGAUACCAGUGACGUGAUUGCCUCUGCCUGUGCAAGCACUCUUGUGACAAAGGACCAGGACUCUGCUGCUGCCUCGCGCUCCUGCCUGCCUGAGGGCUGCUCGGGCCCCACUGGCCUAAGGUUUGGAGGCGGCAACCCGUUUGAGGGCAUGAUGGCCAGCAUCACGGAACAGCUUAUGCCCAUGAUCACUGCGCUCAUUCAGAAAGCUGUGCAGGAAGCCAUUGCAAAUGCAAUGGGAGGUGCCCCGGCAACCCGUCCCCGUGUUGUGCUGCAGGAACCGGACCUGGAGCGAGGGCCCAAACGCCAUAAGCCUGACCCUAACCCCAGCAACAAGCGAAAAAACCAUGAGUCGAGCCGCCAUCCUUCGUCUCGUGAGCCGGGCGAGGGCAAAGCAGCUGGUGGCAGAGGUGGUCAGCCUGGUGCUGCAAAGGGCUCGGCCAAGGGUGCUGCUAAAGGCAGUGCAGAGGCGUCCCCACCCAAGUCUGGACCUAAGGGCAAAGGGCAGGGCGACCGGCCUCCUCGUGAUGCUGAGGGCUGGACCAAGGUUCAGCGUGCUCCCCCGCAGGGCCCCUUCCAGCUCCGAAGGCAGGAUUGGAGCGCGCAGUUGUUGUCGCAGGAUGGCAUUGCCAAAGCAUUGGACGAACUUAAACCGGGUUCUACUCUGGAAGCUGUCAUUCUUGUCGAGCCCUCGGCGCUGCCGAGAAUUCGCACCAUGCUUGCAGGCACCAGCAAAUCCCAUAAAAUCACCCUUGUAACCUUGGACGCAAAUGGUCCUCACAAGGUCCCGGGAUGUGUGGGAGAUCUCCUCCGUUUUCGACGAGCCUCGAUUGCACAUUGCAAAUCUGACCCUGCUGAUGGUGGUGUCCCUUGCUUUGCGGGGCACAAGGCCAAGGCCGUUAAAGUUGUUCCUGCGUCCACUUCGGUCGUCUACUUUAAGGUGCCUGAGAUGUACAUGACGCCUGAUAAAUUCAAGCAUUGGAAGAACAACCCGAGUCGUGCUGCUUCUUCUUGGGCAAGCUCUCACCAAAUCACUUUGAGUGACACGUGGGGUUGGGUCGAGGAGCAGCAGGCUGGCAAGCAAGGACUGCAGUUGUUUGGCAUUGCUCGCCUCCUGGACUCCGAGUUGUCUUCUCUCGUUGCUGUCAGUGGCCGGGAUGGAGUUUUUGUUGAUGUGCCGCGCGGCAAGCUUGUCUCCACUGUGCAGUGGCUUGCUGUUACCAAGGGGGAAGCUCCGACUGCGUACCUUGAACGCGGCCUCCGCAUGAGUGCUCCUUAUGGCCUUGCCACCCAGGGCGGACGCAUUGGCGCCAGAUCGCCUAGGGAUCCCUCACAGGCUGUCCCGCGUGUUUGGAAUUUCCCUCAUGUGCCGGCUAGCUGGGGACAGAAGGAAGUGCUGCAGGUGCUGGACCAAUCCUUCAAGGAUGUGGCUUUGAUUCAGCAUAAGCGCACUGGCGCUGAGUACUUGUAUCGCUUCAGAGCUACGCUUAAACACGGCGAUCUUGAUCUGGUUCCUUUGAGUGCUAUCGUCGAGAGCGAGCCGGGGAAGGACAAUGAAAUCACGCUGUGGGCCACGGUUGCACCCUACAAGCCUAAGCAAGCUAAGCAGCGACCUCUGCGAUGUGCGCCGACUCCCUGUCUUGCCAAGGAGAAGCCUGCAUUGGAGCCCCAAUCCGUUAAAAUUCAGGUCCCCGCUGAACUCGAUGAUGACGGUAAGAAGGUGUCCCCUGCCAAACAUGUUGCGGCUUCGCAUCGGCAAAUCCCCUCGGGGUGUGAUCUCAUUGAGACUCCGAAAGACGGAGCCUGUUUGUUUCACGCCAUAGCGCGUGGCCUCCACUGGCUUUCGGGCCCUAAGAAAACCGAGCACUCCCACAGGGACUUGAGGGCGCGCUGUGUCGAGCACUUGCGAAAAUAUGCCUCGCAAUAUAUAGGGGAAUGGGACGGCCACGGGCCGGCUUUACAAAAAUUGCGCGAAAAUGCCGCAUCUCCGGAGGACGCCUUUGAGGAAUACCUCAAGUUAAUUGCUUCGGAAUCUGCAUACGCCUCUACCAUCGAGCUGAAGGCUCUCGGACGCUUAUUUGAUUGCCACAUCCUUGUGAUCCCACGCGAUGGGAAUUUUAGUGCGAUGUCGUUUCAUGCGCAGCAGCGCAAAAGGAGGCUGGUGUUAUGGUACACACCUCGGCACAUCGAGCUUCUUUUGCCCGCUAAGGAUGCUAAAGACUACCCUGAGGAGGUUUUUUCCGUUACGAGUGGUGCUGUCGUUGACUUGAGGGCUGGAGGGGAUGAUGCUUCCCAGUGCUCUGGUACUGUUUGGACUGCUUGCGCCCGAUCAAACCGAUCCAAGGCCAGCCGAUCAUCUUCUGUGAAGGCGGGCACUGUGUGGACUGCCACCAACGCGUCGAGCAGAAAGGCCGCUACUUCUCUUAAGCGCGCUCGCGGUGCUGCUGCGACGGUCUGGUCCCGAGCCGUCUCUUCUGGUGCUUCCGUGCAUUCUCAAAUGCCUGCCUUGCCGGAGCGGGACGAUGAUGAUGCCCCGCAACCUGAGCGGUUGCAUCAUGCCAGCCGGGCCCUGCCUCAGUCUGCCCUUGUGAUGGCCCGUCGUAAUCGCGGCCGUGCCUUCCCUGAUGGAGUUGCCAAAUGCAGGCUUUGCCCCUUUCGCCGCAAGUGUGCUGAUCCUGUGAAGGCCUAUGCGGCCUAUCAGCGGCACUUCUUGGAUUCGCAUCCGGGGGAGAAGCUUGGGCUCGCUCCUGCCCGCCAGGCUUCCUGUGUUCGUGACCUCGCUGAUGGCGAGGAGGCGUACUGGAGAUGUAAACGGUGCCAGGCAGGCAUCUCGACUGCUGAUGCGGCCCGCUUUGGCAAGGACUCUUUGUGGCGCUUUCGCCGGGAGCAUAAAACAAAGGCCCACCCGCGCGUCUCUUGGGCUGUGUGGAACAAGGAAGCGAAAUCACACUCGGCCACCAAAUGGGCCUCAAAGAUCAGUGUCACUCGCAACAAUGCCCAGAAGGCUAAGCUCCUGCCGGUGCUGCGCGAGCUGGAGGCUCAGGACUUUGAUGCCUUCGGGUGGCCGCGCCAGGCCGGGAAGGACACCAAUACUGUUGAUAAGUAUCCCUUGCGCAUAUGCCCGGCUUGGGUGUGCCGCAAAUGCCGAGCGCCGUGCCCCUCUGCAGAGAUCGCUAGGAAACAUCGGUCGGUCAAGGGACAGUGCCCUUCUCGCACUGCUAAGGCGAGGGCGUGGAUUCGGUUGCGCUCCCUUGCUGCCAAUAAGAAGCUUCAUGAUGCUGCUCCUGCCUCUGUUCGCAAAGAGCAAGGCGAGCUCGCCUUCGCUGCUGCUGAAGAGGCAUUGCGAGUCAAUGUUCCUGAAACGGCUGGCAUCGGCUAUCGCAGCCAGUGGAAAGCGCAUGGCCGGCAUGUUGCUCUGAGCGCUCCUGAGGAUCUCGGCAGCCGGGUUGCUUUGGUCAGCGAUUUUCCUUUUCGGCACGUCCAGCUGUGUAAGGGUCCUGCUUCCACCAGGCACGUGGCGGGGCUCUUCAAUUUGCGAUCCCUCCCUGAGGAUGAUUCUUCGCUCCCUGCGAGCUCCCGGAGUGCCACUGAUGAAACCAUCCUGGUGGUGGCCUUUUAUGGCCAGGCCGGCAACGAGCCAGUUGCCCAGACACAAGUGGAUGAGGUUUUGGCGUGCCGCUUAGGAUCGCUAAUUUCGCAAGGCACCGUGCUUGCUGGUGAUGAAUGUGCGCGUGGCCGGCCCCUUCCUGCCACGGGCCCGGUCAAUGCCCAAGGAGUGCGCUCUCGUCGCAUUGAUUUUGCUGUUAAUCAUCGGGACUUGCCUGCGGUUUCUGUGGAUCACUUUACGUGCGAUUUUUCGGACCACUUGGGGGUACACUACUCGUAUGCCCUCGAUGCUCCUUGCCCCUUGGUUGGGCCCAAGCGAUGUAAGCCUCGUGAUGAUCUCCAGUCUUCUGACUUGGAGUCCAGAUGUGCCCAAAUUGAUGCUGGCCCUUUUGCGAGCGCCUUGGAACAGAAUGAUUUGGACGGGGCUUGGCGCUUCUUGUCGGACACCGCUGAGCUUCUGCUGUGUGAGCCGUGCUCUGCAGAGUGCGUUCCUCGUGCGUCUUCCUGGGAGCCUGUCGCCCACAGUGCCGCGGGACGGGCUGGCAAGCAGCUUGUGAAGUCGGAGAGCCUGCGCCUUUUGCUGCGACUCCGUGCGAGGCUUCAGGUUCUUUCCCACCGGACGAACGAUGAUUUGCUGGUGGCGCGUAUCAGGCGCUCACUCCGGUCCACGCGCUUGAAGGUGCCCAGCCUGCCUUAUGCCCGUGAUGGCGAUGAGCUCUCUCUUCUUCCACAUGUUGCACAGCUCAUCGAGACUUUCACGCAGCAGGAGGAGGAGGCAAGAAAGCAAAUGUGGCGCACCAGGACGCGUGCUGACCUGCCUCGUGCCCGGUCUUUUGUCAAGCGGCGCGCUGAUGAGCAACUUGCUUGGGAGCGUCAGCUUCCGGAUGUUGCCAGUCCGGGCGACCCUGCACAUCCGGCGGUCGCGGUUGCAGCUGUGGCGAAGGACCUGCGUGCGAAGCUUUGUCCCGCGUCCUUUCGGGCGGUUGACAUGCAAGCCAUGCGUGACCUGUUGCGGCCCUUGCCGCGCCCCGCUAGCUUGGAGGUCGUGCCUAACAUCACGCCGGAGGCUCUCCGACGAUCAAUGCAGUCCAUGCGGCACCGUGCUGCCGGGCCGGAUGCGUGGAAACCUGGGCUGCUUUGUUCCAUGCCUGAUCUUUGGUGGGUGUGGACCUCCCAGCUGUGGAAUCGGUGCAUUGCUUGUUGUGACGUCCCCGCCCAGUGGGCGCAGGCACGUGUGGUGAUGAUUAAGAAAAUCAAGGGGGGCUUCAGGCCGUUAACCGUCUCUCAAGCUGUCUGGCGUGCGGGAGCAAGGAUUCUGAAUGCCCAACUCUCCGACUGGAUAGGUUCUUGGAGGUCUCCGUCGGAUGCCGGUGGCAUCCCGGGCACGUCGGUGUCGGGUGCCCUGCUUCAGCUGAAUGCUGCAAUGCGCGGUGGCGCUAAUGUUGCGGUACAACAGGACAUUGCGGGGUUCUUUGAUGCCAUCCAGUUUGAAGCCCUUGAGGUCCUCCUUUCUCAUCUGAAAGCGCCGCCUUUUCUUUGGCCACUGCUGAAGGCCUUUUACACGCGAGCUUCGCGCAUCGUCCAAUUUGAUGGUGCAUACAGUGAUGCCUGGUUUAAGCCCCGCUUGGGUAUAGCUCAGGGUUGUCCCUUAAGUCCCACCCUUGCUGCCGCUUUCAGCCACCUUUGGACCUUGGCUGUGUUGAGGCAAGGGGUUUCAGGCCUGGUCUACUUGGACGACCGUUCCUUCUGGACUUUCUCUGCGGAUCUUGGCGACCUGGAGCAUGCGAUUCGGCGCUCCGACCGAUUCGAUGCCACUUGUGGUCUUGAAAUAUCCCUGCCAAAGUGUGCGAUCGUGGCGCCAGAGGGUCAUGUCGAGGCUCCUGCUCUGGCUGCCCGAUUAAACUAUCAGUUUUCGCAAACUCUUGAAGUUUUAGGUGUCACUGUUUCCUUUAAUGAUGAAUGGGGCUUGCUGAAAUUUUCCUUGAGAAAAGCUUUGCUGCGCAUGGACCUUUUGCGCUGGGUGACCGCUUGCAGUCGACUGCGGGCCCUCAUGCUGAAAUCGCUUGUUUACCCGUGUUUGGUGUGGGCCGCUGCCUACGCUACGCCGCUGGCAGGCGAGAUAAAGCAAGUUAGAGAUGCUGCGAUUCGAGUUUUUGACUGUCAAUUUUCCUUUGAAGCCCCGCGUGUCCUGAUCUUCGAACAUGUGGGGUGGAUGCUGGAGCCACAGUGUGCUGCUGACUCUGCUGUGCUCCGCGAGGCCUGGCGCCUCCUCUGCAAGCCUCCGGCCUUUGCUCUGGAGCAGCCGCGUGACGCCCGGGGCCAGCGCUGGGAUCAGCUGUUGCCUGCUGCGCCUGGCCUCCUUCGCAAAUUGGGGUGGAGCGUGGUUGAACGCCCUGACGGCUUCUUCUUCGCCUGCCGCGAUGACUUAGGGAUCUCUCGUGAGGUGCAGGUCGGAUGGGAGAGCUUCGCUGAGGUUAAGGGCUGGCUGUUUGACCACUACCGGCACCUUUACAUGCAGAGAUGCCAGCGCGUCUGGCGGAGCUUUCAUAGGCCGGACCCGAGCCUUGCACGCGGCCUGGAUCUUGCGCUCCGACGGGACCAUCCCCCGCCGACGACGCGAGCGGAGGAGCGCAUGUUUGCAAAGUCGACUCCCUUGAAGCCUCCGGCGCCUGCCUCCUCUGACUGUGGGGCUUUUCGGGCGGACUUAGAUGCUGCUUUCCGUGCUGCACUCGGCUCGGGCAGGAGCAGGAUUUAUGCGGCUACUGAUGGCUCCAGCCAUCUAUCUGUUGGUGCUUAUGCGGUGGUGAUCGGCGAUCCGUCUUGUGUCUAUGCCAUGGGCACUGGGGCAGAGGAUCAAUCCCCGUAUCGGCAAGAAGUUCUGGCCCUCCACGCGGCCUUUGCUUCGGUCCACCGGGUGUGGAGUGAGGGCUGUGCGCCGUGCCUCUUUAUCUUGACCGACUGCAAAGCUGCCCUUACGGCCAUCUCGGGGCAAGGUGAUGAUCCAUUCACGUUGGGUCUCUUGCUGAGGGACGUGCGCCGUCUCUGGAAGGAGCUGGAGAGGCCUUCGCCGGAUCACGAUGCGGAUGUGCUCCGCGCCUUUAACCAUGCUGCAGAUCAGGCGGCUCGGGAUUGGGAGCUUGCCACCAUCCGGAUCGCGGCAGCUGCUGCCGAGAAGCUGGAUAAACAUGUGAAAAGCGUUCCUCUCGAUGAUGCUGAGCCGGAAGGGGAGGUUUCAUGUCAGACGGACUUCGGCUUCCUGACUUCCCUCCCAUUCAACGUGUUGCGGGAUGUUUCACCCGACCCGCGAGGACCUCGGACAGCAGCUGAGCGGUCUUCUCGAAGUCGCUCAGCCCCCAGACCACCGGAAAUUCUGGAGUUUUGGGCUCAAGUGGGGAGGGGCUCCGCGUGCCUUGAGCUGGUUAACCUGUACUUUCCCGAGUGCAGGGCUGACACUUCCCACACGUGCCUUCGGGCCAUGGCUCCUUCUUCUGGAGGCCUUGAUUGUGGGUGCUACCUACACUUACGGCGAUCUUUGAAGCGAAUGCAUUGUGCUUUGAGUGAUGGUGCUUCUUUGUUGGGAAAAGAAGUGAAUGGGAAAGAAAAGAGCUGCUUCGGCAGCUGGGGCAAAGCGUCUGGCAAUGACCGAGAUGCGCAACCGUGGGUGGCUCAGCGCCUGCAAAUGCUGAGCGCUUUCAUUGUUCGAGCACGUGGUUUUCAGCUUCAGCUGUUCCAGAAGGAUUUUGAUUUCUUGGCUCAACGUGGUGUGCCGAGAACUAUGGUGUGGAGCGCAGUAGGGGCCUUUGGCUUGUGGUCAGGGGCUUCAGUGGGGGCCAGCUCAGAUGGCACCAGUGGGGGCAGCAACUCUGCUGCCGUGGCAGAUCCUUGGCAGUCGGGGAUCGGUCUUGCAUCUGCCGAGGAUGAUUCUCAGGUGCAGCUCUCGAUGGGUGUUUGUCGAGAGGAUGCCCUUGCUAUUGCUGGGGCUAAAUGCCCUGCUCAGGGGCUCCCUUUGGCGAGUGAGCUUUGUGUGCAUGCUUCUGACACGCAGGCAAGUGCAACAUUUGGGCUUCACAUGAUUGAGGACACUUUCUCUGAGGAGUUUCUUUACUACGUGCCGCAGGCAAGUGCAGCAUUUGGGCUCCACUUGAUUGAGGACACUUUCUCUGAGGAAUUUCUUUACUACGCGCCGCAGCAGCAGCUUCUUCCCUCAGCGUCUGGUCUGGACCUUGGUGCUGGGCCAUGUGGGACGUCGACUUGCGCUGCUGAGAACCCCGUGUGUGACAUUCAAGAAAUCAACAAGACCCGUGAAAGGGCAAAGAGCCUGAGAGGCCUAGCUAGUGAUGAUUGUGAGUGUCAAGAAAUCAACAAGACCCGCGAAAGGGCAAAGACGAAGAGCCUUUAUGGCCGUGUUCUUAGUGUUCUGUGGGAGCUCAGCGCAAUCAAGACCCGCAAAAGGCCAAAGAUUGUGGUGGGUGUAAUCCGGGUUUGGAGUUUUUGCCAGGAGGAGGUGGGGACCGUGCUGAGUGUGGUGCUGAACGCCUUCAACAGGGUGCCUGCGACGCGCAGAGCGGGACCGCUGCAAACUCAGAGCGAUCUUGACGGUGUGCAACUGCAGGGGAUGGGUGGUAACGUGCAAGUGCAAGGGAUCUUGGGUCAGGAUACCAGUGACGUGAUUGCCUCUGCCUGUGCAAGCACUCUUGUGACAAAGGACCAGGACUCUGCUGCUGCCUCGCGCUCCUGCCUGCCUGAGGGCUGCUCGGGCCCCACUGGCCUAAGGUUUGGAGGCGGCAACCCGUUUGAGGGCAUGAUGGCCAGCAUCACGGAACAGCUUAUGCCCAUGAUCACUGCGCUCAUUCAGAAAGCUGUGCAGGAAGCCAUUGCAAAUGCAAUGGGAGGUGCCCCGGCAACCCCUCCCCGUGUUGUGCUGCAGGAACCGGACCUGGAGCGAGGGCCCAAACGCCAUAAGCCUGACCCUAACCCCAGCAACAAGCGAAAAAACCAUGAGUCGAGCCGCCAUCCUUCGUCUCGUGAGCCGGGCGAGGGCAAAGCAGCUGGUGGCAGAGGUGGUCAGCCUGGUGCUGCAAAGGGCUCGGCCAAGGGUGCUGCUAAAGGCAGUGCAGAGGCGUCCCCACCCAAGUCUGGACCUAAGGGCAAGGGGCAGGGCGACCGGCCUCCUCGUGAUGCUGAGGGCUGGACCAAGGUUCAGCGUGCUCCCCCGCAGGGCCCCUUCCAGCUCCGAAGGCAGGAUUGGAGCGCGCAGUUGUUGUCGCAGGAUGGCAUUGCCAAAGCAUUGGACGAACUUAAACCGGGUUCUACUCUGGAAGCUGUCAUUCUUGUCGAGCCCUCGGCGCUGCCGAGAAUUCGCACCAUGCUUGCAGGCACCAGCAAAUCCCAUAAAAUCACCCUUGUAACCUUGGACGCAAAUGGUCCUCACAAGGUCCCGGGAUGUGUGGGAGAUCUCCUCCGUUUUCGACGAGCCUCGAUUGCACAUUGCAAAUCUGACCCUGCUGAUGGUGGUGUCCCUUGCUUUGCGGGGCACAAGGCCAAGGCCGUUAAAGUUGUUCCUGCGUCCACUUCGGUCGUCUACUUUAAGGUGCCUGAGAUGUACAUGACGCCUGAUAAAUUCAAGCAUUGGAAGAACAACCCGAGUCGUGCUGCUUCUUCUUGGGCAAGCUCUCACCAAAUCACUUUGAGUGACACGUGGGGUUGGGUCGAGGAGCAGCAGGCUGGCAAGCAAGGACUGCAGUUGUUUGGCAUUGCUCGCCUCCUGGACUCCGAGUUGUCUUCUCUCGUUGCUGUCAGUGGCCGGGAUGGAGUUUUUGUUGAUGUGCCGCGCGGCAAGCUUGUCUCCACUGUGCAGUGGCUUGCUGUUACCAAGGGGGAAGCUCCGACUGCGUACCUUGAACGCGGCCUCCGCAUGAGUGCUCCUUAUGGCCUUGCCACCCAGGGCGGACGCAUUGGCGCCAGAUCGCCUAGGGAUCCCUCACAGGCUGUCCCGCGUGUUUGGAAUUUCCCUCAUGUGCCGGCUAGCUGGGGACAGAAGGAAGUGCUGCAGGUGCUGGACCAAUCCUUCAAGGAUGUGGCUUUGAUUCAGCAUAAGCGCACUGGCGCUGAGUACUUGUAUCGCUUCAGAGCUACGCUUAAACACGGCGAUCUUGAUCUGGUUCCUUUGAGUGCUAUCGUCGAGAGCGAGCCGGGGAAGGACAAUGAAAUCACGCUGUGGGCCACGGUUGCACCCUACAAGCCUAAGCAAGCUAAGCAGCGACCUCUGCGAUGUGCGCCGACUCCCUGUCUUGCCAAGGAGAAGCCUGCGUUGGAGCCCCAAUCCGUUAAAAUUCAGGUCCCCGCUGAACUGGAUGAUGACGGUAAGGAGGUGUCCCCUGCCAAACAUGUUGCGGCUUCGCAUCGGCAAAUCCCCUCGGGGUGUGAUCUCAUUGAGACUCCGAAAGACGGAGCCUGUUUGUUUCACGCCAUAGCGCGUGGCCUCCACUGGCUUUCGGGCCCUAAGAAAACCGAGCACUCCCACAGGGACUUGAGGGCGCGCUGUGUCGAGCACUUGCGAAAAUAUGCCUCGCAAUAUAUAGGGGAAUGGGACGGCCACGGGCCGGCUUUACAAAAAUUGCGCGAAAAUGCCGCAUCUCCGGAGGACGCCUUUGAGGAAUACCUCAAGUUAAUUGCUUCGGAAUCUGCAUACGCCUCUACCAUCGAGCUGAAGGCUCUCGGACGCUUAUUUGAUUGCCACAUCCUUGUGAUCCCACGCGAUGGGAAUUUUAGUGCGAUGUCGUUUCAUGCGCAGCAGCGCAAAAGGAGGCUGGUGUUAUGGUACACACCUCGGCACAUCGAGCUUCUUUUGCCCGCUAAGGAUGCUAAAGACUACCCUGAGGAGGUUUUUUCCGUUACGAGUGGUGCUGUCGUUGACUUGAGGGCUGGAGGGGAUGAUGCUUCCCAGUGCUCUGGUACUGUUUGGACUGCUUGCGCCCGAUCAAACCGAUCCAAGGCCAGCCGAUCAUCUUCUGUGAAGGCGGGCACUGUGUGGACUGCCACCAACGCGUCGAGCAGAAAGGCCGCUACGCAAUCCCGGCAUGUUGCUUCAGUUCCGAGUUCGCAAAGGGGCGAUUGUUUUGCUGUCCCCCGGUCUGGUUCCAGUUCUCUUAAGCGCGCUCGCGGUGCUGCUGCGACGGUCUGGUCCCGAGCCGUCUCUUCUGGUGCUUCCGUGCAUUCUCAAAUGCCUGCCUUGCCGGAGUGGGACGAUGAUGAUGCCCCGCAACCUGAGCGGUUGCAUCAUGCCAGCCGGGCCCUGCCUCAGUCUGCCCUUGUGAUGGCCCGUCGUAAUCGCGGCCGUGCCUUCCCUGAUGGAGUUGCCAAAUGCAGGCUUUGCCCCUUUCGCCGCAAGUGUGCUGAUCCUGUGAAGGCCUAUGCGGCCUAUCAGCGGCACUUCUUGGAUUCGCAUCCGGGGGAGAAGCUUGGGCUCGCUCCUGCCCGCCAGGCUUCCUGUGUUCGUGACCUCGCUGAUGGCGAGGAGGCGUACUGGAGAUGUAAACGGUGCCAGGCAGGCAUCUCGACUGCUGAUGCGGCCCGCUUUGGCAAGGACUCUUUGUGGCGCUUUCGCCGGGAGCAUAAAACAAAGGCCCACCCGCGCGUCUCUUGGGCUGUGUGGAACAAGGAAGCGAAAUCACACUCGGCCACCAAAUGGGCCUCAAAGAUCAGUGUCACUCGCAACAAUGCCCAGAAGGCUAAGCUCCUGCCGGUGCUGCGCGAGCUGGAGGCUCAGGACUUUUAUGCCUUCGGGUGGCCGCGCCAGGCCGGGAAGGACACCAAUACUGUUGAUAAGUAUCCCUUGCGCAUAUGCCCGGCUUGGGUGUGCCGCAAAUGCCGAGCGCCGUGCCCCUCUGCAGAGAUCGCUAGGAAGCAUCGUUCGGUCAAGGGACAGUGCCCUUCUCGCACUGCUAAGGCGAGGGCGUGGAUUCGGUUGCGCUCCCUUGCUGCCAAUAAGAAGCUUCAUGAUGCUGCUCCUGCCUCUGUUCGCAAAGAGCAAGGCGAGCUCGCCUUCGCUGCUGCUGAAAAGGUCAAUGUUCCUGAAACGGCUGGCAUCGGCUAUCGCAACCAGUGGAAAGCGCAUGGCCGGCAUGUUGCUCUGAGCGCUCCUGAGGAUCUCGGCAGCCGGGUUGCUUUGGUCAGCGAUUUUCCUUUUCGGCACGUCCAGUUGUGUAAGGGUCCUGCUUCCACCAGGCACGUGGCGGGGCUCUUUAAUUUGCGAUCCCUCCCUGAGGAUGAUUCUUCGCUCCCUGCGAGCUCCCGGAGUGCCACUGAUGAAACCAUCCUGGUGGUGGCCUUUUAUGGCCAGGCCGGCAACGAGCCAGUUGCCCAGACACAAGUGGAUGAGGUUUUGGCGUGUGCGGUUACCUCGGGUUAUAGGUUUGUGGUUUUGGGCGACUACAACCUUGAGCCUUCCCAAGGCCGCUUAGGAUCGCUAAUUUCGCAAGGCAUCGUGCUUGCUGGUGAUGAAUGUGCGCGUGGCCGGCCCCUUCCUGCCACGGGCCCGGUCAAUGCCCAAGGAGUGCGCUCUCGUCGCAUUGACUUUGCUGUUAAUCAUCGUGACUUGCCUGCGGUUUCUGUGGAUCACUUUACGCGCGAUUUUUCGGACCACUUGGGGGUGCACUACUCGUAUGCCCUCGAUGCUCCUUGCCCCUUGGUAGGGCCCAAGCGAUGUAAGCCUCGUGAUGAUCUCCAGUCUUCUGACUUGGAGUCCAGAUGUGCUCAAAUUGAUGCUGGGCCUUUUGCGAGCGCCUUGGAACAGAAUGAUUUGGACGGGGCUUGGCGCUUCUUGUCGGACACCGCUGAGCUUCUGCUGUGUGAGCCGUGCUCUGCAGAGUGCGUUCCUCGUGCGUCUUCCUGGGAGCCUGUCGCCCACAGCGCCGCGGGACGGGCUGGCAAGCAGCUUGUGAAGUCGGAGAGCCUGCGCCUUUUGCUGCGACUCCGUGCGAGGCUUCAGGUUCUUUCCCACCGGACGAACGAUGCUUUGCUGGUGGCGCGUAUCAGGCGCUCACUCCGGUCCACGCGCUUGAAGGUGCCCAGCCUGCCUUAUGCCCGUGAUGGCGAUGAGCUCUCUCUUCUUCCACAUGUUGCACAGCUCAUCGAGACUUUCACGCAGCAGGAGGAGGAGGCAAGAAAGCAAAUGUGGCGCACCAGGACGCGUGCUGACCUGCCUCGUGCCCGGUCUUUUGUCAAGCGGCGCGCUGAUGAGCAACUUGCUUGGGAGCGUCAGCUUCCGGAUGUUGCCAGUCCGGGCGACCCUGCACAUCCGGCGGUCGCGGUUGCAGCUGUGGCGAAGGACCUGCGUGCGAAGCUCUGUCCCGCGUCCUUUCGGGCGGUUGACAUGCAAGCCAUGCGUGACCUGUUGCGGCCCUUGCCGCGCCCCGCAAGCUUGGAGGUCGUGCCUAACAUCACGCCGGAGGCUCUCCGACGAUCAAUGCAGUCCAUGCGGCACCGUGCUGCUGGGCCGGAUGCGUGGAAACCUGGGCUGCUUUGUUCCAUGCCUGAUCUUUGGUGGGUGUGGACCUCCCAGCUGUGGAAUCGGUGCCUUGCUUGUUGUGACGUCCCCGCCCAGUGGGCGCAGGCACGUGUGGUGAUGAUUAAGAAAAUCAAGGGGGGCUUCAGGCCGUUAACCGUCUCUCAAGCUGUCUGGCGUGCGGGAGCAAGGAUUUUGAAUGCCCAACUUUCCGACUGGAUAGGUUCUUGGAGGUCUCCGUCGGAUGCCGGUGGCAUCCCGGGCACGUCGGUGUCGGGUGCCCUGCUUCAGCUGAAUGCUGCAAUGCGCGGUGGCGCUAAUGUUGCGGUACAACAGGACAUUGCGGGUUUCUUUGAUGCCAUCCAGUUUGAAGCCCUUGAGGUCCUCCUUUCUCAUCUGAAAGCGCCGCCUUUUCUUUGGCCACUGCUGAAGGCCUUUUACACGCGAGCUUCGCGCAUCGUCCAAUUUGAUGGUGCAUACAGUGAUGCCUGGUUUAAGCCCCGCUUGGGUAUAGCUCAGGGUUGUCCCUUAAGUCCCACCCUUGCUGCCGCAUUUAGCCACCUUUGGACCUUGGCUGUGUUGAGGCAAGGGGUUUCAGGCCUGGUCUACUUGGACGACCGUUCCUUCUGGACUUUCUCUGCGGAUCUUGGCGACCUGGAGCAUGCGAUUCGGCGCUCCGACCGAUUCGAUGCCACUUGUGGUCUUGAAAUAUCCCUGCCAAAGUGUGCGAUCGUGGCGCCAGAGGGUCAUGUCGAGGCUCCUGCUCUGGCUGCCCGAUUAAACUAUCAGUUUUCGCAAACCCUUGAAGUUUUAGGUGUCACUGUUUCCUUUAAUGAUGAAUGGGGCUUGCUGAAAUUUUCCUUGAGAAAAGCUUUGCUGCGCAUGGACCUUUUGCGCUGGGUGACCGCUUGCAGUCGACUGCGGGCCCUCAUGCUGAAAUCGCUUGUUUACCCGUGUUUGGUGUGGGCCGCUGCCUACGCUACGCCGCUGGCAGGCGAGAUGAAGCAAGUUAGAGAUGCUGCGAUUCGAGUUUUUGACUGUCAAUUUUCCUUUGAAGCCCCGCGUGUCCUGAUCUUCGAACAUGUGGGGUGGAUGCUGGAGCCACAGUGUGCUGCUGACUCUGCUGUGCUCCGCGAGGCCUGGCGCCUCCUCUGCAAGCCUCCGGCCUUUGCUCUGGAGCAGCCGCGUGACGCCCGGGGCCAGCGCUGGGAUCAGCUGUUGCCUGCUGCGCCUGGCCUCCUUCGCAAAUUGGGGUGGAGCGUGGUUGAACGCCCUGACGGCUUCUUCUUCGCCUGCCGCGAUGGCGAUGACUUAGGGAUCUCUCGUGAGGUGCAGGUCGGAUGGGAGAGCUUCGCUGAGGUUAAGGGCUGGCUGUUUGACCACUACCGGCACCUUUACAUGCAGAGAUGCCAGGGCGUCUGGCGGAGCUUUCAUAGGCCGGACCCGAGCCUUGCACGCGGCCUGGAUCUUGCGCCUCCGUUGCGGGAUGCGCGCUUCAGCUUUCGUGGGCACCGUGUUGCCAUGCAUGAGGCGCAUGCAGUGCCUCUGCGGCGCGACUGCUCCGUCGCUUGCGAGUGCACCAAGGCGCUCCGGCAGGACCACCCCCCUCCGACGACGCGAGCGGAGGAACGCAUGUUUGCGAAGUCGACUCCCUUGAAACCUCCGGCGCCUGCCUCCUCUGACUGUGGGGCUUUUCGGGCGGACUUAGAUGCUGCUUUCCGUGCUGCACUCGGCUCGGGCAGGAGCAGGCUUUAUGCGGCUACUGAUGGCUCCAGCCAUCUAUCUGUCGGUGCUUAUGCGGUGGUGAUCGGUGAUCCGUCUUGUGUCUAUGCCAUGGGCACUGGGGCCGAGGAUCAAUCCCCGUAUCGGCAAGAAGUUCUGGCCCUCCACGCGGCCUUUGCUUCGGUCCACCGGGUGUGGAGUGAGGGCUGCGUGCCGUGCCUCUUUAUCUUGACCGACUGCAAAGCUGCCCUCACGGCCAUCUCGGGUCAAGGUGAUGAUCCAUUCACGUUGGGUCUCUUGCUGAGGGACGUGCGCCGUCUCUGGAAGGAGCUGGAGAGGCGGGGCUGUGCUAUCUCCUUGAUUUGGGUGCCGUCACAUAAUAAGCACCCCCGCUGGAGGCCUUCGCCGGAUCAUGAUGCGGAUGUGCUCCGCGCCUUUAACCAUGCUGCAGAUCAGGCGGCGGGCAACUGCAUGCAAAACAGGCUCAUGGGCUCUCUAAGGGAGCGAUGGCAUCAGCAGUGUGAUCAGGCUCGGGAUUGGGAGCUUGCCACCAUCCGGAUCGCGGCAGCUGCUGCCGAGAAGCUGGAUAAACAUGUGAAAAGCGUUCCUCUCGAUGAUGCUGAGCCGGAAGGGGCCAGGCCCUGA